AUGUACGCGGUAUUAUCUGGUUUAUAUUUACAUAUUUAUAUUGGAAGAUCUUUCCACCGCAUCUCACUCCUGCAAAGAAAAGUAGUUCCGUUUGCAAUAGUUUAUUUUGUUGUACGUAGUUCCAGAAGGAUAAAUACAAAUUUGCCGUUAUUCUUCUUUCUUUUUUCGUUGUCGCUACUUUGCUCUUGCUGCAACAAUGAAUCACGUAGAUUAUUACCCACCUACUUCACUCUGACUAUCGUGCGAGAGGCAUAUAUUAUUGAAAAUUAUUGGAAGCCUCGUUUUCUUUUUUUGGUUGUUGAUUUUGAGCAGUUCCAGGUAAAUAAUACCGUACAAAACGCCCACGUUUACAGAUAUUUCUCGAACGCACGACAGUUUUUUUCCCUUGACCCCCUUUCCUCAAUCUUUUUCUUCUUACUAAUUUGCUCUGCGCAACGCCGAGGGCUCCUAUGUGCAGUCUUAAUUCACGCAUAA